GGUGUAUUCGUCGUACUUCUUUGUGGCCUUGCACUCGCUAUUCUGGUUGCUAUUCUUGAGUUUUGCUGGAACUCCAAAAAAAAUACUCAGUCAGAUCGGCAGGAAGCUGGUGCGCUGCCGAUGACGGAGAUGAAGAAAUCAUUGAGCUUCGAUCAUGUGGGGACGUGCCAUGGCGGAAACACCUAACAGAGGCUGAAUCUCCACCACCUACAAAACCAGUUGCACCAGACACCACCACCACCGUCAGUGUGCAAAGCCACCCCCGCAUACAUACGUCCUUGCCACUCUCAUACUCACAGUCACAGUCACUCGCACAAACAUCAGCAUCAAACGCUGAAACAGAAACGGACUU